AUGGAUAAACAAAGAUCUUUCUUUCUUCUUUUUCAAAAUUUAAUCUAUCUAUCUGUGCUACUUUACGGAAGCAAAUCUAUCGAUUUUCGAAGAUUCAUCUGUGACAGAGAUUUUCUACAGAAUAAGGAUAUCAUGGAUCGUUUGAAGUCUGUUCGGACUUCAUCUAUCUAUAAUGAGGAAGGAGAAUCGGAUAAAUUUGUUCAAAUCUAUCUAUCUCAUCUAUUUAAAUCAUUAUCUAUCUAUCUAUCUAUCUAUUAUCUAUCUAUUCUUUUUAGUCUAUCUAUCUAUGUAUAUAUCUAUCUAAAGUCUGUUCAGAUCUAUCUAUCUAUAUCUAUAUCUAUCUCAUCUAUCUAUCUAUCUAUCUGUUCAAUCUAUCUCUCUGUUCUGUUUAUACCUGAGACUGUUCAGAUCAUUAUCUAUCUGAUAAAUCUAUCAAUCCAGUUUCCAAGAAUAAUUUCAAAUCUAAAAAAGAUCUAUCUUCACACUAUCGGGAUAUUAGUACCACAAAAUCUUCCUACUCCAAGUUCUCUCUCUCUCACUCUUUCUGUCUGUCUGUCUGUCUGUCUGUCUGUCUCUCUCUCUCUCUCUCUCUCUCUCUCUCUCUCUCUCAGUGUACAAAAUGGUCGAAAUUGCCUCCUUUUCCACUCUCUGUCUCUCUAUCUCUUUCUCUUUGACACACUCUCUCUCUCUCUCUUUCCCUGUCUCUCUUUAUCUCUCUCACCUACUCUCUCUUUCUCUCUGUAUAAUUCUAUCUCUUUCUCUUUUUCCCUCUUUUCUUUCUCUCUCAUCCUCUCCCUCUCUCUCUCUCUCUCUCUCAUUCGUAUGUGUAUAGAGGAAUAG